GGUUCGACUAUGUGAUUACCGUCGUUUGUCGUCGAGCUUCGUCGUUUCCCUUCCCAUUGCGUUGUUGAAAACAUGAAAGCAUAACCAUCAUCAUCAUCAGCAGCAGCAGCAGCAGUAGUAGCAGCAGCAGCAUCAGCACACGAUAGCGACAAGUGUAUACUUUUUACUGUACCUGCUGACUACGACGUUUUCCAAUCGUGCUUUGCGCGAUUGCCUGUAGCCCCCUUGAACCCACACGCUGGUCCCGUUGAGGCCACUUGCCUUACAGCGACGCCAAGAUCUCUACCUUCAAAGACUGAUCGCAACAGUAGGCUGCUGGUGGUGGUGUUGGUGUGUCGUGUUUGGAGGUUAAGGUGAUUUGCAAAUCCACUGAGGGAGGACGGUUGAAUUCUGCACCCCGGGGAAGGACCUGUCCUGAUGCGUAAAUAGUUGCUAAACUCACCGACACGCUACAGAGCGAGAGAGAGAGAGAGAGAGAGAAGGAAAGGUUCGUCUGCUUGCAACAGGACCGUCCCGGAACGAACCGGAUCGCCAUCGAUCGCUCCAUCCCCAGCAUACAGGCGCACCCAGGAAAGGCCUCACAAUUGACAAACUACAAAUGCCCAGAGGUAAACGUCGUCACGCCAUAGACAUGCGGCCCAGCGAAGAAGACCAACAGUCGACCAAACGGCAACGAAACAGCUAUCAAAGCUCGAGACGGUACAGCAAAUCGGAGGAUGCGUUCAGCCAGAAGCGAUGUCUUGCCUGGUUCCGGGAGUACACCACACCGGACGAUACGGACACUUUAGGGCCGGAAGGGAUGGAAAAGUUCUGCGAAGACAUUGGCGUCGAGCCGGAGAAUGUGGCGAUGCUCGUGCUGGCGUACAAGAUGGGUGCCAAACAGAUGGGCUUCUUUACGCAGAGCGAGUGGCUGAAGGGCCUUACCGAUCUGCAGUGCGACACAGCGUCCAAGGUGCAGUGCAAGCUGGAGUAUCUAAGAAACAUGCUCAACGACCCGAACUCGUUUAAAAUCAUCUACAGAUAUGCGUACGACUUUGCACGGGAUAAAGACCAGCGGAGUAUGGACAUAGAGACGGCAAAGGCAAUGCUACAGCUAUUGCUCGGCAAGCAUUGGCCACUGUACGCACAAUUUGCCCAAUUCCUAGAGCAGUCCAAGUACAAAGUGAUCAACAAGGAUCAGUGGUGUAAUAUACUAGAGUUUUCCCGCACCAUCUCCAACGAUCUAACAAACUACGACGUCGAUGGAGCCUGGCCCGUAAUGCUCGACGAGUUCGUAGAAUGGUUAAGACAAUUAAGAGCCCAGUCAACGAUUAGCUGAGGCUUGCUGUUGCGUUAGAAGCCGUUCGUGGUUCGUGGGGUUCCGGCAACCGUAGCACGGCGACUGCCGGACACCUAGAGGAUAUAAGGAGCAACAAACCAGGAACCCCCAGCACCCUCAACCCAUCCCCCAAGGAAACCCUUACAAACAGACGUCUAACAAUAUCGAUUUGUAUGCCCACCACACACACUCCGUCUGUCUGUCUCCCUCUCCGAAACGCUCGUAGAAUCUCCUCCGUCAAGAGGGUCACACACACACACACACAUGCCAUGCCAGCAGAGGGAGCUACAAACGACGCACGUACGUAAAUGAUGUCAAUCCUAACGUAACUGCUCUUCCCACAAUGGUGGGUUGGUUGGGACAGAAAGUGAUACAGUUGUGUUUUGCUAGAGGAGCAGGACCGUCAUCAUUCGCUGUCGAGGAUUGCCGUUUUCGUUUCUCUAUUCUAUUGCUUUCCCUUUCUCUACUGUAGAUAUAUCGUUGCGUAUCGAAAUUGUGAACCGUAUCGUUGUACAUUGUACCGAGAACCGUGGCCGAGACAGCAGGGGCAGUAGUAGUCCAUCACGACUUAAAUAUAUUUUUAUCCUUUAUGUUUAUAAUACGUUUUUUUUAGGAAAGUACGGCCUCAUGACAGCUUCUUCUACUCCUUAGUGCGGUGCGCCUUUCGCACCAUCUAACUGCACGCAGCACAAGCCUCAGACGAAACCAAAAAAGAAACACAAAUGGUUUGCAGGGAUCUUUUUUUCUUCAAAUUACACACACACACACACACACUUUCUUAGCAAUGUGCAACACGAUGAGUUUAGGGUAGGUUAGGCAGACGAACUGCAUGCAAAAGGAGGGAAGGCUGCUAGCAGAAGCAGCAGAUUGGUUGUAUGUAAUAUGAAUGAACUGAAGUGUGAACGACGAUGUGCGUGUGAGUGAGUUUACAAGGCAAAGAACAAUAAACGAAAUUGUUAAAUGAUAGAUCAGAAGGGCCCCACGCCCGCACUCGAAGCGAAGGUCCUCGUCCUCCUCCUGCUAACACGUACCGCUGGGUGGGACCGGACGAACUGAUAUUCCAAUAACGUAAAAGAGUCAGCCAAGUGUGGUGGGUGGUGAUGAUGGGGAGUGAUGAUCGGUAACCUCACCCGUAGGUUCACCAGAGAGUAAUCCAAACAAAUAGAAGCAAACGCAAUUAUCACAAACAUUCAAACAGUUCGACUAUCAAAAUUCGGUUUAGAGCUCUUGGGAAGAAAACAAAAAUCGCAUGUAAUUUGGCACCCAGACAUGUGCCGAUAAACACGUACAGCAAAUGGCGCAAACAAAUUCAUUAUUAACGAAAAAACAAAACAAACUAUACUCACCAAAAUCAAACUAUCAGCAAAAGAAACAACAAAAAAAGAACGACACGAAAUAACCGAGGCAAAGAGAGAGAGAGAAGCUCGGCAGUAAUUACGCAUAAUAAAAGUCCAAACCAUACUUUAUCUUACAAA